AUGCAGGUUGGCGCAGCUCGACCGCUCCGAGUCAACACUCUCCAAGAACGCAGGUUCCGCCUGGUCGCACAGGGAGACUCUGGAGUGCAGUUUAUUUACCGUCAGCAACGGCCAACGUCAAGGCUGUUGAUCCCGUGGUCUCAGACCAGGCAUUUUGUUGCGACGACGACCUGGCGGCCUGAGAGCAGCGAAGAGAUGCGAAGACAACUCGUGUUUUCACAAGGCGGAUUUCGGAACAUUUUGAAGCUGUCCCGUCUUCUCUGCAUGAAGAAGAAAGUCUGCUCAGCGGAGUCUCUCCACUGCGCAUGCACGAAGACGCACCAGAAGCUCUGCAAGGUUGGCACCCUUCUGGUCACCACCGUCNGUCACCAGCAGCUUCACGAGAAGCGUCAGGAGGUUGUCUACGAGACCGACUACACCUACGUGACCACCCAGCUUCCCGACGUUGUCGUCUUCGUUGACGAGAACGGCGCUCCUUACUCUACUUCCACUGAGGGCCAGGCCCCUGCAACCUCUGCCGCUGCCACCGUCGUUGCUUCCGUUGCCCCUGUCUACACUCAGGCCGCUGCCCAGCCCGCCUACUCUGAGGCUGCUUCUUCCUCCACCGAGGUCUACGUCGCCCCCAGCCCUACCACUUUCGCCUCUGUCUACAAGGCUUCCAGCUCUGAGGCUGCCUCUACCACUCAGGCCCCUACCCUCUCUUCAGCCGCUGCUUACAGCUCUGCUGCUUCAUCCUCUAAGGCUCCUGCUUCUUCUCCUGCUGCCUCCAACGGCAGCGGUCCCCAGGGCUAUGGUAUUGUCUACUCUCCUUACACCGACAGCGGUGACUGCAAGUCCCAGGACCAGGUCAUGGGCGACUUUGCUAAGAUCAUGUCUUACGCUCAGAGCAACGGCGACAGCUACGACUUCGUUCGUACUUACGGUGUCGACUGCAACCAGGUCUCCACUGUCCACGCCGCUUGUGAGAAGUACGACCUGAAGAUGUUCGCUGGUGUUUACAAUGUCAACGAUGACUCGGCUCUUCGCGGCGACCUGAAGAUCCUUACUGAUGCCGUCACCAAGACCAUGGGUGGAGACUGGUCCAGAUUCAUCACCAUCUCCAUCGGUAACGAGGUUGUCAACAAGGGCGAACUCUCCCCCUCCGAUGUUGGUGACCGUGUCUCCACUGCUAGAUCCGUUCUCUCCGCUGCUGGCUACUCUGGAAAGAUUGUUGCUGUUGACACUCUCGUUGCCAUGGUCGCCCACCCUGAGCUCUGCGACCACUCUGACUACAUCGCUGUCAACUCUCACCCCUUCUUCGAUGGUUCCGUCCUUCCCGAGAACACUGGCGAGUGGCUGCUCAAGGGUAUGCAGGAGGUUUCCAGCGUCUGUGGUGGCAAGGAGACCUGGAUCACCGAGACUGGCUGGCCCACUCAGGGUAACACCAACGGUGUCGCCGUUCCCAGCGUCCAGAACCAGAAGUCCACCAUCUCUUCCAUGAAGUCUGCCGUCUCUUCCAACAUUGUCUGGUUCACCGCCUUCAACGACAUGUGGAAGCCCAACACCNCUGCCACCUUCAACGCCGAGCAGUACUGGGGCAUGUGCAACUAA